CUGAUGGAUAACGCCUCGAUGAUGCCACACCUCUCAAAUGAACCAGUCAACUGACCAUCACAAAUGAGUAAUCGCGUAAGACUACUUAAAACCUGUCACACGCAGAUAAAACAGAAGCUCCUACUUCAAGGCCUUGCUUAAUCGACCAUCGAAAGAAUACUCCUAAACUAUCCCUCCUUUCAUCUGCCCAUCUCUCUCACGUCUUUCAAAUCUAUGUACAUGGCCGGUUCUGUGGGACCAGGGGAUGAAUUGGUCGACAAGGAGCGCCCAUCAUGGGCAUGUAUAAGGCUUAGUGACAUUGAGGUACUGAAGGAGCUUGUGAAGCGUCUGAGAGAGAGUAAUAUGCAUCGUCUGUUAUAUAAAUCCUGUCUAAGGCAGCAGGAUUGUUCAGAGAUGCUUACAAUUGGGUGUGCACGUCCCAAGUGGAAGUCCAGAGACGAGAUUGAGAGUGCCUGCAAAAACGACCAGAUCUCCGAUGAAAAUUCAGAUGCAGAUUUCCACGAAGUAAUAUCUAGCGGAAAGAGAGUAGCUGGCCCCAUCAGACGACAGUCCCCUUCCAAGAUCCCCAGAAUACCUACUACCCCAAGCCCCCAGAAGGCGGCCACUAGCAUGAUAUCAGCCUGCGAAUUACGGGAUGAGUCCACUUGCGUGAUCACUGGGUUCAGGGAACCCAUAGAAACAGCCCAUAUCUACCCUGUAUCCCUAGGUCAUCAAAGUAAGGCAGAUCAGGCGCAAUUCUGGGAAACCCUGUCCCUCUUCUGGACAUCAGAGAGAGUUGAAUCGUGGAAAGCAGAGAUCCUUGGACCUCAAGGGACCGAGCACUGCGCUCAUCUCAUGUGUCUGAGCAACAUUGCGCACAAGUUAUGGGAGAAGGGGCGGUUUGCCCUCUACCCACUGUUCUGGCUCCCCACGAUGGCUUACCGGACAGAACAGUCGUUGAGGCGGUCGCCGUCGCCCGUUUGCCCCAAUCUUACCUCACACAGCAAGGACGGUGUGCCCUACGCGACAUCAUACAAGCUAGCAACCGAUGAAAAGAUCCAGUCUGGUGAGACACUCACUAUGCGUACCACUGAUCCGGUGAAUCUUCCCCUCCCUUCCAUCAAAUUACUCCAGCUUCAGUGGCUUCUCCAUCGUGUGCUUGCUAUGAGUGGUGUGGCCGACGCGUCCGAAGAAGAUUUGGAUUCCGACUUCGGCAUCCCGCCGGGUGCAGGAAUAUGCUGGCGAGCUGAACACCGUGAAAGAGAGAGGGCCAAAGAACGUGACAGUGAAACCCCUAGUGAUGAUGAGGGGGAAGGUGUCAUCUACACAGGAGCAUAG